AUUAUCGAAAUGAACACUUUAAAAUGUACAUCCCAGCUGUUAGGUAAAGGUAAUGGAAUUACGAAACUGCACCCCAUUUCAAUCUGCAAUACGGGAUAAUACCACGUGUUAAGUAUUGCAAAGGGACCUCACAGAAUCUUAAAAUAGACACGGUUCUUGAGGAAUCCCGUGCUUUCGGGCAUGCGCUGUGAGGAGCCCAGCUUCCAGUGACUGGUUGGAGAGCGUGUUGAGACUAGCGAAAUCACUUACUUAUCACUGGUAGUGUCCUUUACACCCUUGGACAUAAUGGCGACAACAACGGUUCAGAUACAACGCCGAUCGGUUCAGGAACCUUGGGGUUUUCGACUUCAAGGGGGAAGUGAUUACAGAAUGGCGUUGUGUAUUAAGAAGGUCGAACCAGGGUCACCGAGUCAAGGUCAUCUGACUCCCGGUGACAUCAUCCUCGGUAUUGGAGGGAGGACCUCCCAGGGUCUCACGCACGCUCAGGCUCAGAACAUGAUCAGGGGGUCAGGGAACGCUCUUCUACUAAGUUUACAAAGGGGUGGUGAGAAUUUCGAUCACAUCAAGCCGAAAGGCCCCAUCAAGUUCUCACCAUGGAAACAUCAACAACAACACUAGCAUUUGCACAGCGAAGACAUUUUGAACGACGGCUUAAAUUAACGAAGUCAGUGUGUGCCACGUGACAGUAAAGGUGAAAUGUCAAGGUCACGCGCAAUUUGACCGUUCACAGCAUGAAACUUUCCAUGCUGCUCUGCUUUCAGUACGAGGAGGUUUCACAUUGGAUCAGAAGCGGAUAUACUCAUGCAUUUUCACCACUUCCAUAGGCAGACUGCUCCGUAAUGGUGACGAAAGUUUCAAGGUUGGGAGAGUCAGUGUUGAUUGGAUAGUCGUGGUCACGUGAUUAAAUGUCAUGUACCUUUGGUGUGUAUGGUAGACUAGUGUCCUUAAAACGAACCCUACAGGUCCGCGAUGAAAAUGUCUCCUUAUUUAUCAUGGAAUGAUGCAGUUUUGAAUGAAUUUACAUCCUGGAAAUUGAAUGUCGAACUUCUUUCGAAGGAUAUUUUAUUAUCGCGUGAUCUACCCAAUUUCAGCCUUGAACUGAGACAGACGCCAUCCUCAUCUAUGCAUUGUCACUAUGCAAAGGUUAUUUUAUGGUAUUGAGUUUCUUGCGAGUCCUAAUAUUGUUUAAGAAAGUUUAUUCUAAUUGCUAUAUCUCGAAAUACAAGUGGAAGUACAGAAAUAAGGCUAUGUGAGAUUAUGAUGAAGUGAUAUGGAAUUAUAAUUCUCGGACGUGUAACGGCGUGCGCCAUGUUAGCUAAUAGACAUUCUAAAAGAAAUGUUCUGUAUUGGUUUAUUGUACUUAUUAUUCAUAACAUCGCGGGAUAUCAUAAGUAACACACACUUAUUUGUAUAAUACUGUAUCUCAAGGAGUGUUUAUUGCUCACAGUGUUCUGUUUAUUAACAUCACGAGUAUAUUACUGUCGUAAUCGAGAUAUUAAUUCAAAUACGUAUGUAUUUAUCUUACAGUAAAUGAACCACUUCAAGGCUAUGAGAAAAGACGUUUUCUAUUCUUUUAUUAUUUUCGUUUUUUGUUUUCUAGUCCUUAAGUACUUUCCUUUUCGUACUCCUUUCCUGCGGUAUUUUCUUGUUUUGUUUUUCUCUCUUAAACUUAUUAAUUAUAUGGUCUUAUUAAUUGAAGUUUACAUUGUUUCUUUUUGUAUUGUUUUUGAUUGUUUCACGGUAUAUCUCAUAUACUACAUGAGUUUUUGCUGAAAAUAUGUUUUGUACUGCGUGAGAAAUGGUUGCCUGUUUCAUUUAUGUUUAUACUUUUCACAACGUCAUCCUAACAUUGGCUCUUUUAGAAUGUAAAUGGUGAUUAUCUAGCUUACAUUGUGAGCUGGUGUUGUUUUUUCUUCUUUUUGUGUUAUUUUAAACGGUUAGUGUUUAUUUGUUUUACUUUUCCACAGCCGAUAGAAGACUUUAAAUCAAAAUUUGUAAAUGACACUUUCAUUUGUAAGCUUAAAAAAACUGAAAUGAUCUUGACAAGUGAUAAUUUAUUUAACGUUAUUAUUUGUACUGAAUUGUAAUAAUGUAAAUUUCAUAUCUACGAAUGUUUAUUUCCGUGCUGACAGCCUUGUCAUGGCGGUUGUAGAGUACAUAGGCCGUGUGUGCAAUGUAUAAUAGGUGUAUAUAUCGUCAGCAAGGUGUGUACAUUUCGAGUGCAUUGUGUUAAUAGUUGCAAGACGGUCCCCAGUCGACCAGUGGAUAGUUUCAGGACCCCCACGUCGCCCUUCAGCCUCCGUCCAUUGUCCUCCAUGUAAUAAAAUAUUUUUUUCAUUUUAA